AUGAUAAAACGAAUUUGUAUUCUCAGAGAGAGCCGAAUUUCUUUGACAACUCCAAUCUUUUUGUACAACUACUUGUUUGGAAAUAAUGGAAGCAGGAUCAGUGGAUUAAAUAAUUCUAUGCGUAAUUUUUAUCAUCAGACCGAAGCUAAAAAUCGUUCAAACACAUUUUCGGGAUUUGCUCACUUGGAAAAUUCAAACUAUUUGAAUAACACAAUUGAUCCACCUCGUAAUAUCGUUUACAGUGAAAGAGGGCUACAAGAAGAAUUUUAUAAUAAUCCUGACGAUGUGAAUUCGAAAAAGAAAUUUAUUUUAAUUAAUGGAGCUGAAAUUGCAGCAGAAUUGAGAGAGGAAAUUAAAAGAGAAAUUGAGGAGCUGGUCGAAAUUCAAAAACGAGUACAUGGCCAGUCAAAAGAAAUUUUGAAACCAGGAUUGGCUGUUGUUAUGGCCGGCAACAGAAAAGACUCCAAGAGUUAUGUUGACAUGAAAGAGCAAGCUUGUAUGGAUGUUGGAAUCAACAGUUUUAAAUUGCAUUUUCCAGAAGAUGUAACCGAAGAAGAGCUGAUUCGAACAGUGCAUAAUCUUAAUCAAGACCCACGAGUUCACGGAAUUUUAAUUCAAUUACCAUUGCCUUCACAUUUGAACGAAGAAACAAUUUUAGAAAAUAUCUGCAUAUCAAAAGAUGUUGAUGGACUCACAUCAUAUUCGAUGGGAAAACUGUCCAUGAAAGAUCGACUAUUGGUCGAUGGAGUUAAUUUUGUUCCUUGUACAAGUUUAGGAGUGCUCGAAUUAAUCCGAAGAACUGCAUUCAAACUUAAUAGAAACUUGCAAGGCAUUGAUGCAUUAGUUAUUGGAACGAGUAAUAUUGUUGGAAUUCCUACUGCACUCUUACUCCUUAACCAUUUACAAACAACUGUUCAAAUGGCUCACAUCAAAUCACAAGAUAUUCCAGAAAAGGUAAAAAAGGCAGAUUUAUUAAUUGUCUCUACUGGAUGUGCAGAAAUGAUUCAACCCGAAUGGAUCAAACCUGGUGCUAUAGUUAUCGACGUUGGUCAAUCACCCAUGGAAGAUCCCACUAGUGAGCGUGGAUAUAAGAUGGUUGGUGAUGUUAAAUUUGAUGACACUCUUAAACAACGAGCCUCGGCAGCAACUAAAGUUCCUGGAGGUGUAGGACCCAUGACCAUCACCAUGUUGCUUAGAAAUACCUUACAAAGUUUCAAAGCAAAGAAUCCUCAGCUCCAAUUAAAUCAAUAG